AAUGGGGGUCAGGCAGGAAUAUUUUAGAGAGAGAGAGAAAGAUAAAGAGAGGAGGUAGAGAAAGAAAGGGAGCUUUCUGAGACAGGAAAGCCCUCGCGAGAGAGAUAUGGCUCAGAAGAAAGGUGGAGGAUCGGCCAAGGUUGCAGAUGUCGCUGACAUACAGGCUAGAGACCCCUUGCAGGCCGUUCUCUUGGCCGAUAGCUUCACUCAAAGGUUUCGACCCAUUACUCUAGAGCGCCCUAAGGUUCUUCUACCACUUGUUAAUGUUCCUAUGAUCAAGUAUACUUUGUUGUGGCUUGAAUCUGUUGGGGUUGAAGAGGUCUUUGUUUUUUGUUGUGCUCAUGCCAAGCAAGUGACGUCCUAUUUGGAGAAUAAUGGUUCGUUUGGCAGUCCCAGUUUCAAAGUUACAGCAAUCGAGUCGAAUGACUCCAUCAGUGCUGGUGAUGCAUUACGGACUAUAUUUGAGCGUGGUGUGAUAAAGGGAGAUUUUGUGCUCAUAAGUGGUGAUACUGUGAGUAACAUGUCUUUAACACAAGCCCUUCAAGAACACAAGGAAAGAAGGAAAAAAGAUCCACUUGCUGUAAUGACAAUGGUUAUCAGACAGUCCAAACCUUCGCCGAUAACAAAUCAGACUCGACUUGGUAAUGAUGAACUAGUUUUAGUUAUCGAUCCUGAGAGCAGCCAGCUUCUCUAUUACGAGGAGAAGGCACAACAUUCAAGAGGGGUUGUUUCUAUUGAUAGGACAUUCCUGGCUGAUAGGCCUGCCAUUUGUAUUUAUAAUGAUAAGCAGGACUGCUUCAUUGAUAUUUGUUCCCCAGAGGUUCUUUCUCUUUUCACAGACAAUUUUGAUUAUCAACAACUUCGUCGUGAUUUUGUCAAAGGGUUGCUUAUGGAUGAGAUUUUGGGUUACAAAAUCUUCACACAUGAAAUUCAUUCUAGUUAUGCUGCAAGAGUAGAUAAUUUCAGGAGCUAUGACACAAUCGGUAAGGAUAUACUUCAAAGGUGGACUUAUCCUUUGUUGCCUGAUGUUCUUUCAAAUGGAAAUGGACUCCAAGUUAAAGUAAAUAGACAAGGAGUGUACAAAGCAUCAGAUGUCAUACAAUCACGAUCAGCACAUAUCGGCCCAUUGUCCUUGGUAGGAGAGGGUACUGUUAUUGGUGACAACUCCAUGAUUUGGAAUUCAGUUAUUGGUCGAGGAUGCACGAUUGGAUGCAAUGUUUCAAUAGAAAAUUGCUAUAUAUGGGACAGUGUUACAAUUCAAGAUAAAUGCAAAUUAAGGCACGCUGUUGUUUGUGAUGGGGUGGUUCUUAAGACAGGAGCUGUACUGGAACCUGGUGUUAUAUUGUCAUUCAAGGUUAUUAUUGGUGAGGGCUUUGUUGUCCCUGCUUAUUCCAAGAUAUCUUUAAUGACUCAGCCAACAAAGCAAGAUAGCGACGAGGAACUUGAAUAUGCUGACAGUAGCACUGGAGCCAUUGACAGUCCAUCAUCAACUGGGAUGGAAAAUGAUUCAAAUGGAGUGUUCAGAUCGAAAUCAUUGGAUUCACCUUGCUGGGAUGCAUCUGAGGUUGGUGUGUCUGGCGCUGGCUACCUUUGGUUAGUGGGUGAGGGAGCUCAUGAAGAAGAAUGGAGACAGUCAGUAGCGCCUGUUCCAGCUGAUAAGCUUAAAGAGUUCUUACGUAUUCAUGAGGAUAAGAAGGAAGUAUCCAGCCCAACUGCGAAUGUUAAUCCUACCUCAGGGGAGUCAAGGCAUGACUCUGGUAGUGUUGAUGAUGAUGAGGAUGAGAAGGAUGAUGAUGCAUACUUCGAAAGAGAGGUAGAAGAGACUUUCCGACGAGCUGUUUCUGAUGUUCCUGGAGUUAAACUGGACAAUGUGAUUCUAGAAGUGAAUGCACUGAGGUUGGCAUAUAAUAUGACAGUUUCAGAUUGUGCUGGUGCAUUAUUUCAUACUGUCCUGAAGUUGGGUGUAGAAUCUUUAAGUGGUACUAGCCGUGGGCUGUUUCUAAAUGCAAAGGAGGAGAUUGUUAAGUGGAAGGGUCUCUUGAAGAAUUACCUUCAAUCUGAGGAUGAUGAGGUUGAAGUCUUGUUGAAGUUUGAAGAGAUAUGUUUGGAAUCUCUAAGGGAAUAUUCUCCUAUUUUUUGUUCUAUUUUACAAGUCCUUUACGAUGAGGAGAUUGUGACUGAAGAUGCUAUCUUAAAAUGGGCAUCAGAAAAACAAGGGGCUGAUGAAUCGGAUAAGAUCUUCCUUAAACAGUGUGAAGGUUAUAUCCAGUGGUUGAUGGAAGCAGAGGAAGAGGAAGAGUGAGGACGUGCGCUUAUAGAGCUGCAAAUUACCAUGCUGAGUUUAUCUUUGGAACCGGAAGAUCACAGGCUGUAUAAGGUCUUGGAGUAUUUUUAUCUUAUUUAUUUACGAAGCAAAAUAGGAGCAUCAUCUUCCGGAUUAGCAGAUUCAUGGAAGCCAUGCUUCUGUUAUUGGAAGGAAGGCUUCGGGCUUGUGUUUGAUUCGUCUUGCCAUUUUUGUGAUUUAGGCAGGAUGAAUCCAGAAGUUAGGACAGAACCCUAAUGACAAUUGUCAUGUCCAUUAAUGUAAAAUUGUUUUAAUCAUGGAAGCUACUAAUGGUUAAGGAUCCUUUGUCUCAC